ACGUCACGUACAGAAACUCUUGCGCUUGUGGCCUUGAGUUCGGACAGCGGUCAGCUGCUACUCGCGAUCAUCAGAUCAUCAUCAUCAUCAUCAAACACCUUCAUCGGAGCGACAGAAACAAUCAACAUGGGGAACUGUUAUCCAACAGUUGUUCCUUAUGACGAUUUCGAUGUCGUCGCUGACAUAAAGGCCAUCCGCAAAGCCUGCAAAGGUUUAGGCACUGAUGAGCAAGCCAUCAUAGAUAUAUUGGCCAAUCGCUGUGCAGCUCAAAGAUUGGAAAUCAAACAUGCAUACUUCGAGAAAUAUGAUGAUGAGUUGGUGGAGGUUUUGAAGAGUGAGCUGUCUGGUAACUUUGAGAAGGCCAUCAUCGCCAUGUUGGAUCCUCCUCAUGUGUUUGCUGUGAAAGAGCUCAGGAAGGCCAUGAAGGGUGCGGGCACAGACGAGGAUGUCCUGGUUGAGAUACUGUGCACUGCCACUAAUGCUGAGAUCGCCACUUACAAAGAGACCUACACCCAAGUGCAUGACAGGGAUUUGGAGUCAGACAUUGAAGGAGACACCAGUGGGGAUGUGCGGAGACUGCUGACGUUGCUUCUCCAGGGUAACAGAGAUGAGAGCUACGAUGUGGACGAAACGCUGGCAGAGCAAGAUGCCGUCUCACUGUUUGAAGCUGGAGAGGGCUGUUUUGGCACAGAUGAGUCCACCUUCAGCUUCAUUCUGGCCACCAGAAACUACAUGCAACUGCAGGCCACAUUCAAAGCCUAUGAAGCCAUUUCUGGAACAGAGAUUUUGGAUGUAAUCGAUAAGGAAACCUCUGGAACCCUGAAGGACUGCUACAUCACACUUGUGCGGUGUGCUAAGAACCCUCAGCUUUUCUUCGCUCGGAGGUUGAACGCUGCAAUGAAAGGUGCUGGCACUGAUGAAGACACUCUUAUCCGCAUCAUUGUGUGUCGUUCUGAGAUUGAUCUGGAAACCAUUAAAGACAUGUACCUGGAGAAAUAUGACAUGUCUCUGAAAGACGCCAUCCGCUCUGAAUGCAGUGGAGAUUUCAAGCGCCUCCUGCUGGCCAUCCUACACUGAGAGACACACCAGCAGACCCUGCUCACAGUGGAUCAAGGGUGCUUUUAUUAUAGUCCCAAACAAGGCAAACUAACAUGACUUACAUUCAGUCAUAUUGUAUGCAAACAUUUAAAGUCAACAUGAAAUGGCAUUCGCAACUCAUUUUACUUAUGCAGUGUGAGUGAAACAGGACAUUCAAUGAGAAAAAGUGGACAUUUGGUAUUUGAAUGGAGCCAGACAGUUGGGGAAAAGGGGUUGAAAAAUAAGAGGGCUUGGUGAUGUUAUUUGAAAAGGAAAGUCGCUUUAUUACUUUUUAAAAUAUUGUCCACAGAUGAAUCAUGUUCAGUAAGACCAGGAACAUGUAUUAGGAAAGUAAACAGGGUCAUUUUGUAUUUCUUAUUGACUUUAUAGUGAUGCAGUACCUACAAAAUCCAUUACUCUUAUCCAGUAUUUUUAUUUUUAUUUCACUAUUGUAUUAUGUAUUAUGCAGAUGCAUAACACCACUCAUAUGUUUCAAGAGUAACUGUCCUCACAAACACGAAUAUGCAUCUAUGUCCUGUAAACAGUUUCUUUGACAUUACUUGCUCUAGAGGCAAAAUGGGCCAGUUGACUUUGCUUAAGUGGUGUCUUGUGGUUCUAGAUUACAAGAAAAUUGCUACAAUAUAAUGUUCUCAUGAGAUGAGAUGAAGAUCGAACAUAGAUGAUGUUAGACCUGCAAUGUUUUCCCUCAAGUAUUUUACACUAAAACCUAAAAUGUUUAAGGUUACACUAUAAAAGAUUUCUAAUUAAAUAUAUAAUCAGUAAUGAACAAAAUACAUUUAUUGACCAAAAAAAAAAAAGAAAAAAAGUCUGUGUUCAAAACAGUGUUCUUGCCAUAACACUAUGCCAUAUCACUACGGUAAGCCUACAACAAGGUUUUAACAUUUUGAGCUGUCAGGUUUUGUUUAGCGGGAAAUUUCAGGCUUCCGUCAUUCAUCCUUGAGAGUUUACUUCAUGUCUGUACACAAAGAAAAACAGUUGGGCUACUAUGGCACAUGUGUGGGGGCAAGGGAAAGGGAGGGUCGGUGGUGGGUGGCAAUGAAAUUCAGGGUGAGGAAUGGAGGGGGAGUGAUUGUACAGUAAAUAGAGUAGAUGCAUAGAACUUGAAGCUAGUUAGCUAGCUAGCGCUAAACAUGGAUAGUUUUAAACAGCAACCCUUGUUGACCUCUGGGGAAUCAUCUGUGGUCAAACCCACGAAACAUCGAACUGUGGAAAGCCUGCAGGCAAAAAGGAAAAGUGACAGAGUGCGUGCUAAAACAAGGAUAAAUAUUGGCUUGGCUUUUCAAAAGUGGUGACAAGCGAGAUCUGACUGGAUUUAAGACUGACCCAGAGAUGGCUUUUUUUUUUCUUGCUGGACAGGUAAGAUAUUUCAGUGGGUUGAUAGUUAGCUAGGUAGUUUGUGAGAAAUUGCGUAGCUUGUGCCUGCUAUUUAGGGUAGUUAGCUGCCCAGCCAGUUGUGUGUAUUUGGAUCUAAUCUCAUAGGACUUUCUUCUAACUAUCAGUGACUCUUUGUGUAGCUAGUCAGAUCUGCUCUGAUAUGGUGAUCACAGACCAUAAAUACCUCAAACCAUCGGUUAUCCAUGUGGAAGAGCAGUGCACAACUGACGUAAUAAUAAUAAUAAUAAUAAUAAUAAUAAUAAUAAUAAUAAAAACAGUUCCUUCAUAAGUAACUUGCAAUUUUAUGUUUCAACCCCAGAAGGCGAUAGAGGGCCCAUUAUUCUGUAGUGUACCUUUCACUGACUGUACCAAAAAAUGUCAGUUCUGUGUAUGUGAAAUCUGAAUAAUUGUGAAUGACUUCAAGAUGCAUGUGAAGAAACACUUAAAUGCAACAUUUCAGACUUCUAGGCAGCUGAUAUUUGUGGUUGAAUAACAAAAAAAAAAACAAAAAAAAAACAAA